AUGAUUUCGAACGCCUCAGUUGUGCUGAAAUUUUUGCUCAUUCUUUUUGCGAUAACGCAAAUUCUUUCUGAUGAACUGUUUAAAGGGUCAAACGCUGAGAACCAGUGUGAUGUAUCUUUAAGUGCCAGUGGACUAAUCUAUAAUGGAAAAGUGGUGAAAAGAAAUCAGUGGCCGUUCUUAGUGGCAUUGAUGAUGGUUGCCGAUAUGAAGUUUUUCUGUGGUGGAACUCUCAUUUCACGUAGUCAUGUCCUGACAGCUGCACAUUGUCUUCAAGAAAAAAGUCAGGAAACACCUCUAACACCAUCAGAAUUUGUUUUGCACCUCGGAAAAUAUAAUUUGAGUCUUGUCUAUGAACGUGGUUCAAUCACAGCUUUUCCAGAAAAGAUAAAAAUUCAUCCUAAUUGGAAUAUUCAUCAAGUGAAAUAUGAUUCAGACAUUGCAUUAAUUAAAAUUGAUGGAACUGUCCCAUUAAGAUCAAAUAUUUAUCCUGCGUGCUUGUGGACGUCUGCAUUAGGAAUGAGAAAUGUUCAAACUGGAACUGUUAUCGGAUGGGGAGUCAUCGAAGAUCAGUUGACAACCCAACAUCAAUUAGUUCCAAGACAAAUCAAACUCAAAAUUGUUACAAAUGAAAUUUGCUAUGAAGAUGAAUUUAUGGCAAGUGACAGUGGCGGAGGUUUAUAUAUGAAGGAUAAUAUUAAAUGGUUUAUUAAAGGAAUCGUUUCGUCUUCACUUUUCACGGACGAAGGAAUGUGUGACGUUGAAAGUUAUUCGAUCUUCACUGAUGUUUCCAAAUUUUCAAAUUGGAUAGCUAAGGAAAUGGACAUUGAAACUGAUAUGACGUGCGAGUUUAAAUCAGAAGACGGUACAAGAUAUCAAUGCUGGCCGAAAAACUUUGUCAUUCAGCAGCCUAAUGUAAAGGUCUCAGUUGUGAUGGGAGUUCAUUUAGGCCAAAGUAACAACAACGACGUCAAAGAAUUUUGUCUAAAAGACCAAGACACAUCAUAUCUGCCACAUGGAAUUCCUGAACUCUUUCCAAACCUAACAAGAUAUUAUGCACAGGGAACAAAAUUGAAGCACAUUCAAAGAAGUGAUUUCAGCGGAUUUCAAUUUUUGACAAACAUUGAUAUUGCUGAUAACGAAUUUGUUAAUAUUCCAGCAGACACCUUUUAUGAUGUGCCAGGUUUAAUAAUGUUAAGUCUUCGUGGAAGUCCAAUCGUUUCUUUUGACGCCGAUUUAUUAAUCAAUAGUCCCAAUUUAAUAGUAUUUUAUGCUUUCAUGAAUAAGAUUGAAUAUCUCGAUGGUCGACUUUUUAGGAAAAAUUUCAAUUUGGAGGGAAUUCACAUGGAUCAUAAUAAACUUAAGCACAUCGAUUUGGAAUUGUUUACACCUUUGAAGAAGUUGAAAGUAGUCAACUUUCGUCACAAUACUUGCAUUUCGGAACAUUUUCCUGAAACGAAAGAUUUAGAUAGCUUCAAAGCAAUAAUUGCGGCAAGUUGUAGUAUCUAG